AAUCUGUAACAAUCACAUUUAAUAACAAUUUCUGAAUCAAAAUAAUUGUGUACGAGUAUGCAAAACAGUAUAUCGAAGAAUGUUCAGUGUUACAUAAUUUUAAAACAAAUGAGGAAAUAGUCUUAAGAAGAUGGAAUGAAUCUGAACAUGGUUGUUCUGGAAAGAUGGCAACACUUACAGUUACCAAGACCGAACAAAUAAAGAGUGAUUCAAGCUUUGUUGCAAUCAAGUCCAACACAUCCGAAAACACCAAUACAAAACAAAACACAAGAAUAAAAAACAAAAAUGCUGUCCUGAGAAAGUCAAAAUUAGCACAAAAUGCAGAAAAUUUAGACAAACUGACAAAAUCUCAGAUGAAUGAUGAACCACAUGAGAUCAAAAUGCAACUGUCUCGCCCUGAGUUUGAUGGAGAAGACAGUGCAAUAGGAUCUGAAGUAAGCAGUGUAAUCAGAAUGUCAGUUGAAGAUGAUCCACUACUGAAUGAGAAUGAAGACUUACUAAAUGAUUUAGAUAAUCUCAUAAUACAACCAGCCGGUUCAACAUCAAAACAACUUCCUAGUCAUACACUGGGAACUCUUUCUGCACAACCACCUUUUAUUGUCCCAAAGUUCCCUGUACCGCAAACCAGAGCAGUUCGAACAGAAAACAGCACCCCUCAGAAAGGAAAAUUUCAGCGUAACAGGAUACAACCUGUUGAUAAAGUUCCAGAAAGUGCCUUCCAAACAGAAAGCCUUGAUGUUAGUAACAACAGAGAAACAUCAGAUGUACAAAUUGACGGAGAACAAUCUUUAAACACCAAGUUACCACCCAGUUACGGUACUGAAGCAUCAUCUCUGCCUCCUUGUUCUAGAGGGGGUAUGUCAGACAUCGUCAUUCUCCAUACAGAUGCGGACAUGGAGAAAGCAUUUGACUACAUGGCCCAUCUUCUUCAAGACGUUGGAAUUAAGGAUCUUACAGUUGAUUUACUGAGUAGCAUCAAUGUCGGAAAACCUGGAAUGCAAAGUUUGGCGACAUUACACGAGAAUUAUCGACACAUUCUGACUUACGUCACCGAUAACCUAGUGAGCAACAAGUACUGUAGAUUCCUGCAAGAAAUCAUACUGACAUUUGGUCUGAAGGAAGGAAAUGGAAAAGAAGAUCGGGUUGUGCCUGUAUUUACCAAAAACGAACGCUGCAAAAUCCUAGAAUUAAGUAUACUACCUGGACUACAAUAUUUCAAAUUUCAUUCACGUAAUACGUUUAUUAGUGACUCGUACCUGAACACUGUCAGAAAACUUGUUCACGUGGGAAGAGAAAAUUUUCCAUAGAAUAUAUUGGUUGAUUUUUCUAAUAAAUUUUCUGUUUACCAG